AUGGUGGAUGUUGAUGAUCUUGAUAUAAAUGGAAUAAAUGAUUGGUCUUCAUCAUUUUUGCCUGUGAUUACAUUAUCAACUAUCGAGGCAGUACAAGAAUAUAAAAAACAAAUAAAGGCAAAUGUUAAUAAUCAGCUAACAUCAUCAUCAUCAUCAACGGGAGUGUCCCAAUUUGAUACAUCGAUUAAUAACACUGCUGAUAUUUUAUCAUCCAAUAGCCCAAUAAAAAGUGUUCCGUCGAUAGUAACACAUAGCCCAAUGUUGUCCGGUGUUGGUGAUCCGAUGAAAACAUCAAUACGUUCUGUAUCUGUUGAAACAGGAACUCGUAAUCGAUCACCUGUACAACGAUAUGGUCAACAAGAAAUAGGCAAUAGUUCAUCUUAUUCAUCACUAAAUCAAUCAACAAAUAAUCAAGUCACCGAUAAUUUACGUGUACAACAUCAACGUGAAAAACAAGAAUUAGCUGAAUUAAAUGAUCGAUUUCGUGGCUAUCUUGAUCGUGUUAAAAUUCUUGAAAAUAAAAAUUUUAAAUUAACAAGUCAACUUGAAGAUAUAGCAAAAGCAUGGGGUGCAGCAUCUCAAGCAAUUAUUGUCCAAUAUGGUGGACCACUCGAUCGUCUCCGUCAAGAAGUUAAUGAUUGUAUGCUUUGUGAAGCCGAUUUACAAACACGUUUACGUCGUUCACAUUAUAAUAUUGAUAAUUAUCGUUCAUUAAUUCAUGAUGAAACAUCAUGGAAUGAUCGACAAGAAGGAAAACGUGAACAAUUAAAAUUAGAAUAUGAACAUUCAUGUUCUGAAUUAUCUGCUUUACAAAAAUCUUAUAAACAAGUUGAAGAUCAAUUAAAAACUUUACUGAAACAACGUGAAGAUUAUCUUAAUGAAAUUGAUCAACUCAAUGAACAAUCCUAUAAAUCAACUAUUGAUAGAAUUAAAUCAGAUUUACAAGUACAAACACUUCGAGAAGAAAUUCCUUUUCUUAAUGAUAUUCAUGCACAUUUGAUUAGUGAAUUUGAACAAUUAAAACCAGCAAAUGGUAUUGAUGCACAACUAUUUUAUCGUCAAGAAUUGGAAAAGGCCAUACGUGAUAUUCGUCGUGAUUUUGAAACAUUAAAUGCAGCACAACGUAAAGAAAUGGAAGAUUAUUAUCAUAUUAAAAUAGAAGAAAUGCAAAAUGAUGCCAAGAAACUUCCAUUACAAGGACGACAAGAUAAUCUUUCGAAAAUAUCGGAACAAAUUAAAUCAACAAAAUUUGAAUUAAAUGAUACACAAAAAUUAUUAAUUAGUGAAAAAGAUAAAUUUAAAGAAUUACAAGAUCGGUUAGCUAAAUUGGAAGAAGAAUAUAAUUAUGUACGCAAUCAACGUAGUGCUGCUCAUGAUAAUAUUAAUAAAGAAUUAGCUACUGCACAAGAACAUAUCGAACAAUUAACUGGAGAAAUCGAUACUAUUUUACGAAGCAACAUAACACUUGAAUCGGAAAUAUACAUCUACAGACGUUUAUUAGAUAGUGAAACAAAUAGACUUACACAACAAACAAUUGAACAAGUUUCCUCACCUGAGCCAACACCAGCUUCAUUUGGCAGUGAACUUGGCAAAGUUUUUAAUAAAAAAAUCAAAAAAGGACCAAUCGCCAUCAAGGAUUGUGCUCCUGAUGGUAAAUGUAUAACAUUAGAAAAUACUUCUAAUGAUAAAGAUGUUGAUGUGUCAAAUUGGAUAUUAAAAAGACGUGUUGAAGGUUCAUCAGAAAUCUCAUAUACAAUACCUUAUGGAUUAAUUAUGAAACAUGGUAAUGAAUUAAAAAUUUAUGCACGUAGUGCACAAAAUGCUCAUCAUCGACCACCAUCACAAGUUGUUAAUGAUAAACUUGAAUCAUGGGGUAUGGGUACAGAAUGUGAAACAAAAUUAUUCAAUGAACAAGGUGAAGAAAAAGCAUCACAUUCUCAAAAAAUUGUUUUCGGCUCUGAAUCAUCACGUAAUUUACCAUAG